GGCAGCGGAAGCCUGGCAGGCUGCGGUGGGGGAGGCGGGGGCAACCAAACCGGCCGCGGAAGCAUGUGCGACGGGACGAUAUGCGGCGGAAGGAAGUGGAUGUGGCAGGGAGGAUGCCCGAUGAGGGGAUGGGGGAUGAGGGUAGGGGGCGGGCCGACGGGCACAGGUCGUGCAGCGGCAGAAGCUGCAGUAGUAGGACGUGGCCGAGCAGCUAGCGGCAUGGCGGGGGGCAGCAUGAUGGGGGGCUCGUCUGGAAUCCCCUCACCCGCGCCUUCGUCAACGUCGCUGCCGAGAUGCUCUCCACUCGCACUUGACAGCGAAGACAGCGAACCGCCUGAACGAACACACAUAGAGAGUAAAGGGGGAACGAGCGGUACUGCAGGUGCGUUUACGUAUGCCGUGUCUUUCUGUCUGUGUGUCGACUGACCCUCCGCUCCGCUUGCUCGUCAUCGCCCCCAUGGCCACCAUCGUCGUCAUCGCCGAAGGUCCCCCAGCCAUCGCCAUCCUCCUGCCCGUGUGGUGGGUAGGCCGAAGCAGCAGCUGCUGACGCGUCCGCAGGCACGCCGACGGCCGUCUCCAGCUGCUGCUUCGCUUGUCCUUCCUGGCUGGGGUCGGUCGACUGCGGGGCACUUAAACGAACACACACACAGAGUAAAGGGGGAAUGAGCGGCAAUGGGUGGGCGUUUAUGUAUCUGUGCUCUGUGUGUGUCGGCCUAUGUGUCGACUGACUCGAUGCUUCCUCCCACGCCGCCGCGUCAUCGUCGCCGAUGACAAGAAACUGACCCCAGCCGUCGUCCUCCUCCUGCACCGCGCCCGCAACCUGGUGCUGGUGGUCGACUUCAGACGGAGCUGCUGGUGCGGGUGCGGCUGCCGACGUGUUGAGGGCCUCCUUGAGCUGCCGGUUCUGUUUGAAGGCAACAGGAGGACACGACCGAUUGAUGCACACCGCAACCAAGGGGCGCCUCUUCAUAUUUGUACCUCCUCCUUCAGCUUCUCCAUCUCCUGCUUGAGCUGCUCCAUCUCCUCCUGGAGUUUUCUCUGUCCAUGGCAGGGAAGGCAAACAGAUAUACAUUCAUUUGGUCCGUCCAUUAAUGCAUUGAGCUCCCACAUGUUUUCGGUCGACUCACGCCACCUGAUCUGGAACCUCGUCCGAUCUGUGCAUUCACAAUCGACAAGGCAGGCCGACAAGGCAGAUCGUCUUUUGCGCCUGUCUGACGCCAUGUGUGGCUUCCUUCUACCCUCGUAGCGCUCGCUUCCGACGAGGAGACGCCUGACCUCAAGACACCUGACGUGCUCACUGGAUCUCCCAAGUACUACAGCAAAGACAGCAGAAGUACAUAUCAAGACUCACGACAAAUGCAUUCAGCCUUACGGUCCUUGAUGGUGUGGUACAUCUGGUUCCGCUGUUGUCCUCGCCUUCAUCUUCCUCUGCCUCUUGAUCGUCGCCAUGGAAGUCAUCUUGACUUGAAACCGGCGACGCGCCAUCUGAAUGGACACAUACACACAGAGUAAAGUGGGACGUCUGUACGUGCGUGAGUGCGUGCGCCCGCGUGUGUGUAUCACCUUGGAUGUCCUGCUGCUCCUCGAUGUCUGCAUCGUCAUCACUGCCGGCGCCCCUGUCGCUCUCUGCAGCGGCAGAGUGCCCCGCGGAUGAACAACCUGACCCUGCGCAGAACACACACAAGAGUGAAAGGGGAUGCGUCAUGUUCGUGUGUGCGUUGUGUGUGCCCGUCCGUGUGUGUCGGCUGACUGACCUUCCUCUUCCUCACUCUCAUUUCCUUCGCUCGCCGACUCCGACUCGCCAUCCUCAAACCCAUCACUCUCUUCGACGGCCUGGGCCUCUCCCUCCCCCUCCCCCUCGUUAGCGUCGUUGGCCAGCCCGUCGUCCUGGCCCUGACAGACACAUACGUAGGGACGCGAGAUGGAAAAGGAUGGUCACAUGCACUCAGCCACAGAUGAAGAGAAAACGCUUACGUACUGUACCUGGCCGGGAUCUCAUGUCUCAUCCUGGCAACGAUGAGACACACCUGAUGACGUGCUUGCAGCUAAACGAAAGCAAUGGGAACGUCAGGAUAUAAAAUGCAGACAACGAUCUGCAACAUGUUCAACGGCCAAUGAUGGUCUAGGUACGUCCACGGCCGUCUCCAGCUGCUGCCUCUGACCGAUGGACUGCGGGGCACCUAAACGAAGACACACACAGAGUAAAGGGGGAAUGAGCGGCAAUGGGUGUGCGUUUCUGUGUGCUGUGUGUGCACGUCUGUCUGUCUGUCUGUCUGUCUGUCGACUGACCUUCCUCUCCGUCGUGCAUCGGUUCAGGCGGUGCUCCUGGCGCGGUAGCCGACACAAUAGGCCCCUCCUUGAGCUGCCGGUUCUGUUUGAAGGCAACAGAAGGACACGACCGAUCCAUCUCCUCCUGAAGUUUUGUCUGUCAAAGGAAAGGAAGACAACAUACCCCGACAUACACACGGCGCCUUCUCUGCAUCAUCCUAGAGGGCGCACUAGGGUCGACAAACUCGCUCCGUCUCGCAGGCAGGCUCACGUUCAUUAUCUUCUCGUCGACCCAGAGGUUCUCGGUCGACUCGCGCCACUGCCUGUAAAAUUUGAUUCUGUCUGCAUUCACGCAGACACAGACAGACGCACAAUCGAUGUCCAAUGCAGACUGGUCAUCUCUCGUUCUCUGUGACUGACUCUCUGAUCCCUUAAUAAUUACCCUGUAGGUGUGCCGUUUCGUGGAGGAUGCGCUUGACCUCUUGUACCCUGACGAAAUCGUUGUAGCUGUCGAGGCCUGCAUGUCAAUCAUAUGCUAUGCAAUGGACACCGUCGCAUUCACCCUCACACUGCUUGAUGGUGCGGUACAUGUUCUCUCGGUCCUUCAUCAGCUCCGUCAUGUUGUUAUGCUCAUGUCUCAUCCUGACAACAAGAGACAUAACUCUCAAUUGAUGACGUGCGCAGCUCAGCAGCAGCAGCCGUGGUGGCCGUCGGCACAUCCACUGGCGGCUUGGCCUCCUCGGCAGGCGGCUCGGCCUCGGCCUCGUGGGCAGUUGUGGGUGGGGGAGCAGGCAGGGCGUCGUCUUGGGCAGGGGCGGGGGCGGGGGAGGCACCGUCCUUGGUGGGUGAUUCGGUGCUGGACUUGGUCAUCUUCUUCUUGUUCUUGCGCUUCUUCUUGCCGUCAGCCUUGGUCUCGAUGUCUGACUCGUCGUCGUCGAUGAAGACAGAGAAGCGGUUGCCCGCCAGUUUCUUCUUUCCCUUGGCGGGUGAGGCCGCGUAGGGGGAGCAGAUGGGGGGCGCCUGGCACCUACGAACGAAUACCCAGCCGUCAGCGUUGGUAGCGCGCUCGCGCCGGAUGGCGCCGGGCAGCUGCAACUGGGUAGACGCCAGGGGGGGUGAUUCAAAGGCUACGAAAGCAAUGGGAACGUCAGGAUAUAAAAUGUAGACAGCGAUUUGCAACAUCUUAAACCAAUGGGCACGAGUCGCGCAGCGGCAGGUUCUGCGGUAGUCGGAGAUGAACAACCUGACCCAUGUGGAGGAGAAUGUGUCUUGUUUGUGUGUGCAUGGUUUGUGUGCCCGUCCGUGUGAGUCGACUAAGUGACUGACCGUCCGUCUCACCCUCGUUGUUUUCGCUCUCCGAAUCCGACUCGUCAUCCUCAUCGUCGUCGCUGUCUUCAGCAGCGGAUGCAACACUCCCGGCCCCCUGUCCCCCUCCUCGCUGGCCACCCCGCCCUCCUGAGCCUGACAGACACAUAAGCACAGACGCGAGAUGAAAAAGGGUGUAAGACACGGGUGAAUGAAGAGAAGACGCCUACGUACCUGGCCGGUUGCCCAGAUAUCCAGGGCUGUCUUGAGCUUCUUGUUCUGAUUGAAGGCAACAGGAGGACACCAUGAUUGAUUGCAUCACACCCUAUCUCAGUCGUGCUGUGCAGUUGCUGACCUCCUCUCUCAGUCCGUUGACCUCCUCCUGCGCUAUCUCCUGGGCCCAAACCGAUAAGGCCAGACAGAUGUACAACUUGCAUUUUCGGUGUGUUAGCAGCACGUAGACUUACCUUCUCUUCUCGCUCCUUGCACCAAAGGAGAUGGACGUUUUCUAAGUCCUUCUUGUACUUGUUGGCCCUCUCUGUGCAAUCACACACAAGCCAGCCAGGCAGGCAGCCAGGCAGGCCCGCCUAUGGUCGCGCUUUGUCACAGUGACUGCAUGACUGCCUUACCGUGCUUAAAGGCCCUGUCCCGCAACACCUGCGCAACCUCCAUAUACCUCACCCAGUCGUCGUAGCAGCUUUCCAGACCUACAGGACGCACACAAUGCGCACAGACAUACACCCUCUCUCUCCAUCCGCAUGUAUCAGAGAAACAACUUACAGUCCUUGAUUGUGUGGAUCAGAAGGCCAUCUGAUGGGUCAGCCUCGAUGAGCUCUUUCACCUUGAGGCUGACGAGGGUCGGGGCCAGCACUCGACAUUCGGGCAGCAUCGGCAACGUGCUGCCCGUCCUCUUCCCCUUCCACUGCGACGGGUCGAUGGGCAUCUUGGUGAUUUCCUCGGUCUGCUUCAGCAGCACACGGUAGG